AUGUCGUCUUCGCAAGCAUCCGCAGACACUAGAGCCGACUCGGAACCGCCGCCGAAACGACACCAGCCCGACUUGCCCAGCACGAGUCCAAGGGCGCUGAUGCGGGCAUCGAGCGACAUCGGACCAAGAACAACAUCCGAACAGAAGUCACUCAUCACCGUGGCCUUCCUCGACGUCCACGGCUUCACAUACGAGAGUCUGGAACUCCGCGCCCCGAAGCCCCCAACGUCGGUCCUGCACCUGGAACCGCCCGACCUGGUCACGCCCAGUCUUCAGAAGCUGGCCCGGGCCCUCGAGAUCCCGAAACGCUUCCGGCCGAAGGAGCAGAAGAGGGACCUCCGGCCCUUCGAGCGCGGCCACUGGCUGCUGGACUGCUCGUCGUGGGAGCCGCAGCUCAGGCGCGAUGCCUGGGCCUACCUGGCCAACUACAUCGGGACGGGGGUCGCGGGCUGGGGCAUCUGGUGCAAGAGGGACCCCGAGUUCCAGUGGCUGCGAACAUAUUGCUUUGGUGGCGUUGCUGCACACAUCUACUUGCUGUUGUACUUGGCUUCCCAGCGAACCAUUCUUUACACCGGCAGCACUUGGGUAGACGGAGAUAGAAUCGAGGUUAUUACGAUGGGCGCGAGGGAUAAGCAGUGA